AUGCGUUACUCUACACUCGCGUCUGCCGUCAUUUUGGCGGCGGCAACUGCUCCCGCGCUCGCUCACCCAGUCACCACUCGAGCGACCGAGGACGCCUCCGUGGUUGAGCGUGAGCUCCAAGACGGACUGGUGGAGCGCGGCUACUACGACGAGAUAGUCGAGCGUGAUCUAGAAGCACGCAGGCAGCCCCCUCGUCCUCCUCGUCCCCCUACCCCGCCCCCGCCCCGCCCCAGGCCUUGGGCACCCCCUCGUCCUCCUACUCCUUACUACCCGCGACCCCGAAGCGACUACUACUAUAUGGUUGCGCGUGACCUGGAGGCACGCAGGCAGCCCCCUCGUCCCCCUCGUCCCCCUACCCCUCCCCCGCCCCGGCCCAGGCCUUGGGCGCCCCCUCGUCCUCCUACCCCUUACUACCCGCGACCCCGGAGCGACACUGAGUGGUUUGCCCGGGAGUACGACGUCGACGGCGAGCUGUUCGAGCGCGGCUUCGAGAUAGACGAGCUUGACUAA